AUGACGAAUCAGGACUAUGAUUUGGAUGUGCCGGGUACCGAACAACUUGUUGAUGUCAACCAUGACCUCGAUGCUGCCCAUCAGGGCAAUUCGGAUAUUGUUUUGAUCCCAAGCCCAACAGAGUGCGGCUCCGACCCUCUUACAUGGUCUCGAUGGAAGAAGUGGUACCAGCUCUUUUUGCUUGCGUUGUACGCAUGCGCAUUCUCUUUCGGAGAGAAUACACUGGGCGCUGCCUGGACCACUGUAUCUGAGGAUACUGGUGUUUCGCUGGUCAACAUGAACGGAGGCAGUGCUUUGAACUACCUAUUGCUCGGCCUCUGCAAUAUCUGGUGGAUCAGCACUGCCAACAAAGUGGGCCGAAGACCAGUGUUUUUAUUCACCACGCUCAUCUGUUGUAUGGCGGGUGUAUGGCAAGGUCGUGUCCAUGGAACUGCGCAAUGGUUCCUGUCAAACAGCUUGAACGGUGUUGGGACAAGUGCCUAUCAAGCCGUCAUUCAGCUGUCGGUCUUUGAUAUGUUCUUUGCCCAUGAGCGCGGCAUGAUGCUGUCUUUCUACCUCUUUGGUCAACAACUUGGUAGUAUUCUUGGUCUGAUUACUGGAGGUAUCAUUUCAGAUCAUUUGGGCUGGAGAUGGACUCAGUAUUGCGUUGCAAUAAUCGAUGCCGGUGUCUUGGUCCUUUUGACUUUCACGUUUGAGGAAACACUGUUCCCCAGGUUUAUCUUUGAGCACAUACAGGGAGUUCUUCCCGUGGUCCAAGGUAGGACCAGUGCUGCGGAGUCAAACACUGACAGCAAAGACCUUGACGACAAAGAUCUCAAUUGCAUCACUACUGUGCAGUCCGAGGCCCCCGACUUGCAGCAGCGUGACUUCCCUCGCCGAACAUAUGCUCAGAAGUUGAAGCUCUGGGUAUAUUUUCCAGAGGACAAGACGACAUACUUCCAGUAUUUCCGUCGUCCGUUCGCCCUCUUCUUGUUCCCCAACGUCGUCAUCUCUGGCUGCAUAUUUGCAUUCGGCUGCACAGCUGGUAUCGUCUCGUUCAACACCAUCUCAGAGAUCUUGACCGAACCGCCCUACGACUGGAGCACCUCAUCUACAGGUCUUGUCUUCCUUGCUGCUCUUGUCGGCAACUUUGUCGGAUGGCUGACCGGUGUCCUUUCGGAUCGGAUUGUACUAUAUCUUGCACGCAAGAACCGCGGUAUCAAGGAGCCUGAAAUGCGCCUCUGGACCUUGUGUUUCUCUUUUGUCUACGCCGCCAUCGGAUACUUCAUGUACGGAUUUGGGGCCCAAGCAGGGGCACACUGGAUGACAAUCGCCUUCGGAGUGGGCUGUAUGAUUGCUCACCAGGUCUCUGCUUGUUCCAUUGCCACAACAUACGCCAUGGAAUGCUUCCCAGGGAUUGGUGGAGAAUUGGUAGUGGUCCUUGCCAUCUGCUCAUCCUGCAUCAAUUUCGCCAUCAGUUAUAGCGUGCAGCCGUUUAUUGAAGCAGCUGGCUACGGGUACGCCUUUCUCUUCUUCGGUCUGUGCGUUCUCUGCUCCAUGCUCGCCGCAAUACCCAUGAGCAUAUACGGAAAGUCUUGGAGGCGAAGAUGCUCACCAAAGUGGAGAGAGUGGCUUUUGCAGAGAGAAAACUGA